CGUGCUUUUUCUUUUCCUUGAGGGCGGUGUCGACUUGUUAGCCGCCCAAAUAGCGAAGAGGGCUGUUGAUCUUUGCAGAAAUAGUACUUAUCCCGGAAAAUGGGAACUCGAGAUGACGAAUACGACUACUUGUUUAAAGUGGUUCUGAUCGGGGACUCUGGUGUGGGGAAGAGCAACCUGCUGUCCCGUUUCACGCGUAACGAGUUUAACCUGGAGAGCAAGAGCACCAUAGGGGUGGAGUUUGCCACUCGCAGCAUCCAGGUGGACGGGAAGACGAUAAAGGCUCAGAUAUGGGACACGGCUGGACAGGAGCGCUACAGAGCCAUCACCUCAGCAUAUUACCGGGGCGCAGUGGGGGCCCUUCUAGUCUACGACAUCGCCAAACACCUGACGUACGAGAAUGUGGAGCGCUGGCUGAAGGAGCUGAGGGACCACGCUGACAGCAACAUCGUCAUCAUGCUGGUUGGAAACAAGAGCGACCUGCGCCACCUCAGGGCCGUGCCCACGGAUGAGGCCCGCGCCUUUGCAGAAAAGAACACUCUUUCAUUUAUUGAAACUUCAGCUUUGGACUCCACCAAUGUAGAGGAGGCGUUCAAGAACAUCCUAACAGAAAUCUACCGUAUCGUAUCUCAGAGGCAGAUAGCAGACAGAUCUGCGCAUGACGACUCCCCAGGAAACAACGUUGUGGACAUAAGCGUCCCCCCGACUAUGGAUGGGCAGAGGGGUAACAAACUCCCAUGCUGCCAAAGCCCCUGACUUUUAUUUCCCUCUUCUGUCCAGUUUAGUCCAGCUGUCCUCUUUGAUUUAGAUGUUUCAGAGCCUUCACUUUGACAUUCCUUUUUGCCGUUUUCCUUGUGGUUGGGUGUCUUCUGAUCCCAGCAGGCGCCCGACAGCCUCAGGAUAGGAGAGGAAAGCGAACCGGAGGUUAUAGAGCUGUAGUAAACUACAAUCCCUUUUAAUUCACUUGAUCCUGUUGACCCGCCGUGUCUGAGGCAGUGGUGAGGGAUCUGUGGGGCUGCUUAUCAAUGCUCCAAGCUGGAUCUUCUUCUUCUCAGUCCUUCAUGGCAGCAGCAGCAUUUAACUCCAUGUGUGGCCUGUCUGGUUCUACCUCAUUGUAGAAGAGGGGCUGAGAAGAAGGGGCAUUUGGAGUCAUCAUAUGCCGUCUGGAGGGGGUUUUGUUGUUGUUACUCUGAGCACUUUUCCCAUUUUGGCAUGAAAUUGGCUUGAGCCAGCAGGGACUGGAGCUGGUUCAGACUGACUGAAUUCACAUGGGCAAGUGUAAAACAAAAGGCAACAUAUCAUGUAUUUGUACAUGUGAUAAUCAUGGUGAACAAAGAUACCAAAGGAACCAGAUUUGUGAUCAUUUCAAUGCUUUGCAGGCUGUAAGAAAAAACAGAUUGUGCUGUCUGAUCCAUUUUUGUGAGGUCAGAUUAACAGCCUCUUUUAGUUCUCUCAUUAGAGUUGGCACAUAGAGACACACGUAAGUUGUCCUGAAAUAAAAAAAAAAAUGAAAUAUUGCACUAAUAUCCAGUCAUUUCAAUGGAAUAAAACCCCCUUUAGGCAUCUUAAAGAAGAAACUUCCCCUCUUGGUUGCAACGUGAAAGCUCUUAAGACUGAAAAGCUACAGUUUCUGUCUCAAACAUUUCUUCAUUUUUUUUUUUACUGUUCUCAUCCACUGAUGUUGAAGUAGGGGUUGAUCAUUUUGCAUUUAAAAAAAAAAAAAAAAAAAAUCCAAGUCUUUCACUCUAAACAGUUUGGAAGUUGUAGGCUAAAAAAAGGAACUUGGUCACAGAUGCAAAUUUGGUGAAGUUCAUCUCUCUGGUAACAAUGUUUUAAUGUGUGAUUUAUUCCACGCUUCAUGCAAUAGUUCACUUUUCUUUCAAUGUAUUUAAAUAGAAAACAUUUACUGUAAAUUUGCAUCACUUGCUAAAUGCUCAAAUAAAUGUUACACAUUCGA